CAAAAUACCUAAAAAUAUUUCAGCCCUUAAAAAAUUCGUCUCUCUUCUCACAGAGAGGGAAAAAGAGAGAGAAAAACACGUAGUAGAAUCUGGUCCUUGUGUGGACGAAGGAUUCAGGGACGAACACGAUGGUCAUUGCAACUUGCUCUUAAACUCUCUCUAUCUUUUGGCUUCAAAUCUCUUCUCUGGCGUUGAAUUUCGUCUCAGAGAAGAGUUGAAGCCUGUUUCUGCAAUGGCUAUGCCCGAGCCUUCGUCCAGUUUGCCCAUGGAUUCUCUCGGCGACAUCGAUGACUACAUUUGGGCGAAUGAAGGAGAGGGUUCAUUUCCAUGGGACAUGUUCAGUCAUGUUUUUGAAUUCGUACAAAAUGGGAAUCGAGCAUUUAAAGAUAAUCACUUUGAAGAGGCAAUCAAAUAUUACUCGAGAGCUAAUAACAUCAAACCAGGAGAUCCAGUUAUUCUCAACAAUAGAAGUGCUGCGUAUAUCAGGAUUAGUCAAUUCCUGAAAGACAGACCACCAGCUGCUUCCGAAUAUCGACCAUUGAAUGGGUUGGAUCCUACAGUACACGCUGAGCUUGCACUAAAAGAUGCUGAGAAGCUGAUGGACCUAUGCGGUAAAUCAGUGAAACCAUAUAUUCUGAAGGCUAAUGCUCUCAUUCUCCUAGAAAAAUAUGACAUGGCAAAGGAUAUUAUUCUUUCUGGCCUUCAAAUUGACCCUCUAAGCAAUCCUCUUCAGGCUUCUCUUCAGAGAUUGGAGAGAAUAGCUGCUAGUAUGAUGGGAAGGGGACGCCAUGGGCUACCAGAUCGCAGUGAUGACUUUGAUUGCACCCUUUGUCUUAAGCUUCUUUAUGAACCCAUCACAACUCCUUGUGGGCAUUCUUUCUGCCGUUCUUGCUUAUUUCAGUCGAUGGAUCGUGGUAAUAAAUGUCCGUUGUGCAGAACAGUUCUUUUUAUCAGUUCAAGAACAUGUGCAAUCAGUGUUACACUGAGCAACAUUAUACAGAAGAAUUUUCCAGAGGAAUAUGCUGAAAGGAAGUUAGAACAUGAUGGUUUGACAAACGCUGGUGUUGAUUUAAUGCCUCUUUUUGUCAUGGAUGUUGUUAUCCCAUGUCAGAAAUUUCCACUUCACAUAUUUGAACCGCGCUACAGACUUAUGGUCAGAAGAGUAAUGGAAGGCAAUCAUCGUAUGGGAAUGGUUAUUGUGGAUUCUACAACUGGUUCUAUUGCUGAUUUUGCAUGUGAAGUGGAAAUUACGGAGUGUGAGCCACUUGCGGACGGACGUUUUUAUCUAGAGAUUGAAAGUCGUCGAAGAUUUCGCAUUAUUCGAUCUUGGGACCAAGAUGGGUAUCGAGUGGCAGAGAUUGAAUGGGUCAAUGACAUAAUUCCCCCAGAAGGGACAACAGAGCGAGAAGAACUGCAGGAAAUGACAAAUAACGCAGCAGAGUAUGCUCAAUCAUGGCUAAGGAGGGCAAAAGAAGCAUCUAGACGAGAUCCGAUAAAACAUGAUCGACUUUUUAAUGUGGAAGCAAUGAUGCCAUCAUCACGAGAUCCUGAACGGUUUAGCUUCUGGCUUGCUACCCUUUCAAAUCGGAGGCCCCUGGAAAGAUUGGAACUUCUACGACUGACAGAUACAAGAGAGAGGAUAAGGCGUGGACUUGUAUAUCUCAAAGCAGAAGAACAGAGCUGUCAGAUGCAGUGAGUUGUAAUAUAUGUUGGUCAAAGUUUCUGCAGAUUAUGAUUGACCAUUAAGAAGUUGACAUCUCAAACUCAACAUUCUUUGGUUCAUAUCAAUACACAUAUUUAUCAUAUCAUAAAAUUCUUCUCGAAGAAAAUUGUUGUCACAAUAUGUAUUAAUGUACCACUAUUUAUUUGAAGCUUUUAUGAGAAUCUAAUCGUUCCUCUAUCUCCGAACACUAGAUAAAGGGGGAGCUUGUUGUAAUUCUAAGUCAAUUCACAGGAACAUUCAAAACAACAGAAUAUAUAUAGUAUUUAUCUUCUUUUAAAUUUGUCAA